CAUUUGCAUGCUACACUAAUGUGAGCAACCCAAACAGGAUGCUACUUAAAACAGAUUACUUGGUGUUGCUUGUUCAAAAGUCAUCACGUUCAGAUCAAUUGAUGGAUCGUCCUCUCUUGCUUCGAAAUAUUUACUGUACGAUAUGUAUUUUCCUUCUAUGGGAUUUCUUCGAUACCUUUGAUGACCAUAGAAGAUCAAUCAAAGUUGGAUAAAGGAGUGUCGAUAUAUUUGAACUCAAACUAAUUUACUGUUCGAUACAAUGUUGCUACUACUGAUGAACUAGCUGGAUACCUAGACAAUGGUUGAGCUGGAGACGUUG